GUCUGGGAAUACGUUCCUCUUCCGGAGAGGCACCCGGGGCAAGAGACCACUUCAGCACCGCCCCUGCCUCCCCCCGAUGUGUUUUAUUCUUCACGCCUCUACUCCAGCGAAUCCUCCGUAACGUUGCCCCAUGGGGAGCCCAUUGCCAAAAGUUGCCGAUCUUGCCACGCUCCGCACCUUGUUCUUAUCUGCUGGGUCGCCCAUAGUACUGGCUAUUUCCUGCCCGUUUCCACUGCCGUGUCUGCGUGUCUCCUCACUCCUCGCUCCGACCUCAUCCCGACGACGUCAUGCAUUGCUGGGAGAUAGCUGCGGGCACAGAACAAGCACUUGAUAACUUGCCGAGCCAGCUCCUGGCCAACCAUCACCAGCGGCCCGAUAGCAAACAAGGAUGGAUUCUCAGAGCGUUGCUUUGCCUGAUAAGCACAACCCUUAGAGUGGCUGACAAGAGCGUCCUGCUACGACGACCAUGGGUAGGUGGGGUUUGUGCAGACUAUUAUGGUUGUCUUACAAAUAAGCGCUGCCUCCUUCAUGUGCUGUGCGCUGUGACAGUCUCGUCGUCCUUCUCGAAUCAAUCCGUGUCAUAUACUCGCCUUGGACUCAAAGAACUCAUCACUCACCAUGGCCGACAAGAUAUCGGAUGACCAGCCCAGCCGCACAACGGGCAACCUUGUUCCGGACGCCUCGGGGAAAGCCAUGGACUUGGAGAAGCAGGCGCUGAGGAGCAAGGAUGCUGAUGCUGCCUUGGAGUUCCUGUGCUCAGAGGGGACCACAGUAAUGACGGAUGUGGACGAGAAAAGCCUCGUGCGCAAAAUAGACUGGAGAAUUGUGCCUCUUAUGUGGGCAUGUUACAACCUUCAAUAUCUCGACAAGACACUGGUGAAUUAUGCCAACGUCAUGGACCUCAAGGAGGAUACGGGCAUCAACACCGACCAGUUCUCCCAGCUCGCGCUUGUCUUCUACGUGACGUAUCUUGCAUUCGAAUUUCCCACGGGUUACCUUAUGCAGCGCCUACCCACGGCAAAGUACCUUGGUGCCAACGUCAUUCUCUGGGGCCUGAUGACCGCGCUCGUGUCCACAGCAAAGGACUGGGCCGGAUUGGUGACCCUUCGAGUCCUUUUGGGGAUCUUCGAGGCCGCCGUUGCCCCGGCGCUGAUCCUUGUGACGACCAUGUGGUACAAAAAGGGCGAACAACCCCAACGUAUGGGGUUAUGGUACCUAGGCACGUCCACGGGUGUCAUCAUCGGCGCGCUGGCAUCCUUUGGCUUCCAGCACUACACGAGCAAGGCCUUCACCAGCUGGCAGAUUAUGUUUCUGGUGUUUGGGCUGAUCACAAUGGCGGUCGGGGCCUUGGUGAUCUGGGUGGUGCCAGAUAACCCAAUGAAGUGUAAGUUCCUUACGCGGGAUGAAAAGGUAUGGGCUGUCGAGAGGUUGCGCGAAAACAAGACGGGCGUCGAGAAUAAACACUUCAAGGCGUACCAGGCCUGGGAGUGCUUCAAAGACCCGCAGACCUGGCUGAUUAGCCUCAUAACAAUCUCGUCCAACGUGCCCAACGGCGCCGUCUCCUCGUAUCAGGCGGCCAUAAUCAAGAGCUUUGGGUACACCUCCAAGGAGACGGCCUUGCUAUCCGUCCCAUCAGGCGUCAUCACGGGCAUAUCUGUUCUCAGUGCGACAUACAUGGCUGGCCGUUUCAAUCUGCGCGGCCCCAUCAUCAUCGCAUAUCUCCUGGUCGGAGGUGUUGUUGGUGGUUCCCUCCUGGCGUUCACUGCCAACGGCAGCAAGGGAGCUAAGCUGGCUGGGAACUACCUGACAAACAUUGUCGGAGCGAGCUUACCGUUGUUGUAUUCAUACUCCGGUGCGAACUACUCCGGUCAUACCAAGAAGGUGACCAUGAAUGCGGUUCUUCUAAUGUCCUUCUGUAAGAUGAUCCGGUCCUCGGUGGGUCGCAAAACUCCGGCAGUGAGGCUGACCGAAUCGUGCCCAGGUCUUGGAAAUAUCAUCGGGCCCCUAACCUUCAGAGGCAAAGAUGGUCCCGAUUAUAUUCCCGCAAAGGUUAGCUGAUCUACAGAGGAUACGGAUGUCCCCAUGCACUCUGCAUUUAGUGUCGCCCCUUAGUUGACGAAGUGACUGACUGAAUGCGACAAGGUCGCGAUAGUUGUGACAUCUGCCUUCGCUUGUUUCACGACAGCGCUCCUCAUGGCGUAUUACACGUACGAGAACAAGCGCAGAGACAACUUAAUGUCCGGAGUUGCACAUCAAGAGAACAGCGAGUUUCUCGACCUCACAGACAAGGAGAAUUUGGAGUUUCGCGUGAGCCAUCUCCCCCCGACCGAUUCCCGGCCUCGUUCUGAUUGAACCAACAGUACCGGUCAUAAUGGUUUGGGGCAACUUCCCCACAUUGGAAUGAGUUGAGUGGGGCUUGAACGCGAUUUGGCAUGUGUGAACCUUGUGGGAAAUCUAGGUGGACAUGAAUAUGAGAGGCCUGCUGCCGCGAGCGAAACGUAAGCAUUGUUAAAGUCAGCGUGGGCGCUCGACCGUAUCAAUGCAGUGGCUUGAUCAUUCCGCGAUCCUUACGCUUGGCCCCCAGAGGCUGUGAUGUAAAAAUGCCGAAUGUGCCGAGGGUCGCCUCGAGAGUGACCUGAGCGGGCGACCGAUAUUCCUCAGAGGCCAGUCAUUCUCAUACUUAAGUCGGCAGCACCAGAUUCGGACGCCUUGCGCUCGCCUUUCUCGGGCCGAUCAGUCCCAAUCGUCUUCGUCGUCGUCGUCUCUGGCAGUUGUCUUGCUGCUUCUGAUCCCCUUGCCGGCCAUGAGCCUCUCCUCUUCAGCAUCUUCGGCUUCCCUCCUUCGUUUGACAACCCUCAUGUCAUUAUUAGGGAGGGCGCCAACUUCAACCAGAAUCUUGUCAAGAUCUAGCAAGCUCAUGCGCACUCCCCCAACAGUGGUAAGUGUGACAAUCUGCUUCACGAUGUCUCCGUUCUUGUAGACAAGUAUCGUGGGGCAAUUCUUCUCUGGGUAGUUCUCGAUGGCCUGUGACGCUCUCAUCUCGCAAAACUUGAUAUCGCCGUAUUCCUUGGCCGCUUGCUUCCAUAGGUCGGAAAGCACUCUUGACUCGACGUUGGUGCCCCCCGAGGACGAUGUCAGGUUGACGAAGACGACGCCGUUGUUUGAUGCUUCGGUGACCUCUCUUUGGUAAUCCGGCUUGGACAAUGGGUAGACGCUUCCGUGAAUGGACUUCUUCUGCAGGGCGCCAAGCUCGGCCAUCCUCUUCUGUCGGUAUUGCUCGAGGAAGUCGUCAUCUUCAUCGUCCUCGAGCUCGUCCAGCUCGUCGAGGUCUUUACCCUCAAGGCGGUUCUCAUGUGCGAUUUUCCUGGCCUCGACGAUUGCCUCUUCGAUCAUUGGAGUCGGGCUUGGGGGCUUCUCAGGGAUGACGCCGUGUUUGCGCAGAAUGUCGUUCCUGCCGGGUGAUCAGUGAGAUUUGAUGAGACGGGUUCGGCCCAACGCACCAUUCUGUGUCGGCAUUGGGGUCAUCGAUUGGCACAGCUAUGCGCUGGUCUCCUGGUGCGGCCAUUGUGGUCGAACGGUGUUGUCGAAUCAGAUAAGAGGCUGUUGGGGGUGGGACAGUGGUGCUGGUGACAGGCAGUUAGUUGUGCUUGUGGGUAGAAACAACGUUGCUGCCUGGAAAUCGGGCACACGCCGUCGUGUUGGUGGCGGUGGUGGUGGUGGUGGUAGUGGUGGUGGUCUUGUGUGUCCGGCAAGAGAAGACAAUCAAGAGAUGCACCAGACUGUUGCUGUUAUAAGCGUUGCUAAACCUGAUGCUGGGGACAGAGCAAGCACAACUCAGGUUAUGUGGACAAUGUCAUACAGUACAGGUAGCUGGUUACUCCUUAUUAGAGCUUAUUAGAGAGCUUCACUGACGACCCCACAGUGGGGUCGGGCGAGCCAUUGUGCAAAUGAUCUGACUUCGGUUCUGGCUCUAGCUAGGUAGGCUCAGGCUCGUUGGGGGAGACAAGGACCCUGGCC